AUGUAUGCGAUGGAAGGUCUCUACCCAGUAAUCUCGAAGGACUUCACGCUCCUCAGCGAAAAGGAAAUCAACGACUUCUUCGAUGACCUCGACAAGGACAAAGAUGGCAAGAUUACGUUUGAAGAGCUGGAAGCGACGCUACACGAAGUGCACGAAGAGCUAGCACCGAAGCUGCAGAAACACCACAUCCUACACCCCCAUCGACGAGAUCUGGAGAAGAAUGCAGGUCACAGCAAAGGAGACGGGCUACACGCCUUCCUCUGCCGCAUCAUGCCCGAGUGCGGCGCGCAGCUGGAACGGAAAGAGUUUGUCGAACACGUGAAACGAUGGGAGGUGCCCAGCCAGAAACAAGCAGACUCGCAGGAGAACGACAAGGAGGACAGGGCCGAAGAGCAACGGCUACCUUUUCGGAGACGAAUGAGAGCAUAUUGCGCAGUCCACGCGCCGAACAUUCUGUUCGUGGCCUUUGUGGUCGCCUGUCUCCUCGGCAUUGGCCUCUGGCAGAUGGUCAUAUACAUCAAGAACCCUGCCGCACGAGCAGCGCUCGGGUGGGGAGUCAUUGUGGCGAAGGCGUGCGCUGGCGUGCUGUAUCCGACGCUGUUCUUCAUGGUGUUGUCGAUGAGUCGGCCGCUUUCGACGUUUCUCAGAAGAUUCUACGCGCUCAGUCGAUUCAUCAAUUGGGAUCAUAGCCAGAAGCUUCACAUCAUUAUGAGCAUUACUGGCCUGACGUUCGCAACGCUCCACGCGAUUGGCCAUUUGACUGGAUCUAUGCUGUACGGCUCGAGGCGUGGGCAGGGAGACGAUGUCGCCUCCUACCUCGGUGCAAGUGCAGUCAAUGCGGAAGGAUACAGACCAUAUGUGUGGUACGUGCGAAGUCUGCCAGGCUGGACUGGUGUUACAGCUUUGGGCUUGUUCUGGACUAUCAGUCUGCUGAGCAUGCCCUACGUCCGAAACUAUUCCUAUGAGAUUUUCCAGCUUGGUCAUCUCCUCAUGUUCCCGAUGUUCAGCCUGCUUUGCGCUCACGGGACCGCAGCGCUUCUGCAAACACCCAUGAUGGGCUACUGGCUAGCCUUCCCAGUCCUCCUUGUAAUAUUCGAGCGAGUUGGGCGGGUCGCAAAGGGCUUCAUGAGUGUACCAGCGCGGAUGAAGGUACUGGAAGGCGGCGAUGCUGUAGUCAUCACGGUCAAAGAGCCUCGCGGCAAGGACUGGAAGUACAGCGCUGGCCAGUACCUCCUGCUGCAAGUCCCAAAGAUCUCCCUCUGGCAAUGGCAUCCAUUCACAAUCUCAUCGUGCCGCGGCGACGAGUUACAAGUCCACAUCAAGAUGGAAGGCGACUGGACCGAAGCGCUCAAAGACAAGAUGCCAGUCGACGAAGACAUCAAAGUCGGCAUCGACGGACCCUACGGCGCACCAGCCCAACGCUUCUACGACUACGACUACAGCAUCAUCGUAGGAGGCGGCAUCGGCAUCACCCCCUUCUCCGCAAUCCUCACCGACCUCGAAGAAAACUUCUCCCAAUAA